ACCUGUUCAUCCACCGCGUGGGUAAAAUUUACUUCGAACAUAGUCGUGGAGCCCAAUGAUACUUUGAUCAACCGGCGUUCAUUUUUUGGGAGGCGAGCGAUAUCUGCAAUAGGCGGAUACGGGGACGCGUUUCGCUUCGCUGGUUCAGACGAGGCGGUAUCAACAUCGGUUUCCUAGGUUUCCAGUUGGUUUAUGUGUUAGUAUUUGCGCGAUUUGUCAUCGCCUUGUCGCGCAAGUUGCGAUCACGAAGAUAACUAGCAACGCCACCAGCCACUACAACCGUCGCAGCUGACAUGUGCUGAAAGUUUGUUUAUUUACCGAGGAUUGCAGUCCGUCUGAAUCAGAAUCACGAUGGGCCUCGGCAACAUACUUCUGCUGACACAGGCCACAUGUUACACCAUAACGCUGAUCUUGUCGGUGUGCACAGUCGUGCCGAUGGCUGUGCACGUGUCCAAGUUUGAUGGCCAUUGCCUGCUCUACACUACGGGCACCUUCGACAGCGACGACGGCCACUUCAUUGCCCGAUGGGCAUCGCCCUUCUACUGUUUUUUCACGCUCGCUGUUGGUGGACUCAUGGUGGCCGUCUCUUUCAUACAGCUGGCCCGCAUGUCGAUUUUCCUCUACAUGGGCACAGACAGCUCAUUUCUGUCUGCGUUCCUGGACUCUGUGGUCAGUGUCAUCGUGAUGCUUUUGGUCUUCACGACUUCUGUGCUGGUGUCGGACGGCUUCCGGGCGUGGUGCCGGGCCAUCACGCAGCGUUUCCCAGCGUGUGAAGACGCAUCAGUCACGCAGAUUAGCAAACCGGACCACGUAGACACUGUUGGAUUUUACAUGCACGUCGGCACAGCUCAGUUUGGUGCCUGGAGUUCUUGGGUGUGCUGGGUUCUCCAGGCAGUGCUGUGCACGCGCAAACUGUGCCUCUACCACGAGCGUGAGAACCUUAUGAUCAGCAUGGCCCGCGAACGACGUCUCCUCAACGCCUCGCACGAAUCCCAGGCGCAGACCUUCGACGACACGAUCCCCAUCCUCGACUGAAGGAAGAGAGAGAUGAAAAUUCAUCGCGCAAUCAACUCUGCGACGGCUGCCACCGCCUUCAACAGAGACGAAAUUUCCAAGCUCCAAACUUCGACGGUUCGCUCACGAAGCAGCCUCGUGCUAUUUUCGCUCUCAGUUUAUUCCGAGAUCUGCAGCUUCUGGCGAGGCCACCUGACUUUGAACCAUGUUUCCGUUAGCGUGGCGGUCAUUGUAGACCCUACCGUAGAUGCGAAAGUCCUCGAGAUUGUUCACGUCGUUGUUGUUGGGGGCUGUGUGUGCAAGGGAUAUUCUAUCCACACAGUGUAGUGCUAAUUUGAAACCGUCUUGUGUGGGCUUCGACCGUCUUGUGCAUACAGCACUGCGAGUGUUUUUUAAAUGAGCAAUCUUAGAUGUACCGUAAAUGCAAAGGUCUUGUGUUGUGUUGUGUUGCAACUGUGGACGGGGCUGCAUGUGUGAGAGAUGUUUUACACGGUAUUGUGUGUUUCGACUGUCUUGUGCGAGAAGCAUUGCAAGCGUUUUUAUUGUGAGAGCAAUCUCACAGGAUCGACAAGCUGUCCCGACAUUCAUAGUGGCUGUGAAGUUGCAUACCUGUAAAUAGCUGAGCUACAGCAGGAGUUACGAACAUGAAGAUUAUUUUUUUUCUAGUAUAUAAAUCAUACCUCGGUGAACGAAAGCAUGACGUGCAUCCAUUCCAGUGGACCCUUUACAAAAAACUGCCGAGGUAGCUUACCUGCAGUGUGUACUAGCCUGAACGUGGAGACAGGUGCAUUGUUACAAUGCUGAUUGAUGCGCAGCAGCUUGUGCAUUGUUCUUGCUUUCUUGCAUUUCUUUUCAUCUUAUUCAAUCCACAAAAGCAACAACAACAUGCCAACUGGCCAGUUAACACCAUUUUAAAGCUGUCUGUGAUGGCCACCUUGUUUUGCGCAAGUGUCCAUUGCGGGAAAGCCAUGUUGGCACUCUACUAUAGGGUCAAUUACUGGGUAAUGCUGCUUACAGAAAAGGAACCAAGCCAUUUGUACUGCUCUUUGUCCUGUCUGAUGACUUCCUGUGAGAAGUAACAUGGCGCCUUGUAUUGCAAUUCCUCACAGUGUGGAGACAAUCCCCAAGGAUUGUGACACGUGACAAAAAAAAAAAUGCAAGCGCAUCGACAGUGCACUUGCUUACAGUUGUGUAACAGUUGACAGUUGUGUAAGUGGCUACCUUGCGUCAAGACCAUGAAGCACUCCAUAACUGAAUAAAGCAUCCGAUUAGAGCUAGCUUUACAAAGGACUGUUGCUUGAAACCAAGCGAAAAGACUAGUAUCAGUGUUGCGCCGGUAUUUUGCAGCGAUGCCUUUCCGGUAAAAAUGCCUUUUCGCGCUUAUCGCGCUUUGUCAGUGGUCAGAGCGACGGUCCGCUCGCGUUAUCAACGGGAUCAGCUGGCCGUGAGUGGUGGUUGAUAAGAAUAGUAUAGAAUAAGUCAUAAGGCAUUGCUACAAAAUCGCGGCCUUGGAGUCUUGGCUCCCGUGCAACUUUGUUCACUUUCCAACUGUGCCUUCUGUUGCGAAAGUUAAUGUCAGAGUUGUAGAAGACCACAGUUUGUCGAGAGAUCUUCGAAGCCGUAGAAUGUGUUGCUGUUCUCUACAGCCAGUACAUCAACACUACUUGCAUUAGUUGAACAGGCUUACUUUUGCUGCUUCGCUUACUCAAACUGCAUUCCUUAGGGAUUGAAAUUAGGAAAUGCUCCUUAUGGUGGCCUUUGCUGGCUAAAAUGGGCUCCUUGUAAAAUUUUUAUGAUAUCGAAACACAGUCAAGCCUAGAGCGGCAAACACUUGUGCAUCGAAACAAUCCGAUAUAUUGAACAACACGAACAGAUGGCUAAAUUCACAUUGUUUGAGCCUUUGGAUGCCUUUUGUAUGUGCUGAUGUGGCUAGUCGUACGACAGAUCGAAUGGAUUUUAAGUACGUGGGUUUCACACUUUAUGUUGUCAGUCCAGCUAAAUGAAAUCGUUGUCAAUCCUACCUAAUCAACACACUUAUCAAAGCUUUACCCUACUAGUAUAUGGUGUACAGAUGGUUGUUUGUUAGUUCUUGCACGGUCACUGCUUUCAAUGAGAAAAAGCUCGCUGCGUAUCAAAUUCAAGUUGUUCUUUAAAGCGAAUAGUUUUUCUUUGGCUCUUUCUUCUGUUUUCGUGGUUGGUGGUUGGACUUUCUCCGCUGAUGAAUGAGGAGAAGGUAGUGCUGUAGGCAGGGGGAGGGGGCUGCCACGAGAAAUCAAGCCAGUGGCCAGAAAGUAGAUUGUCAGGGGAUAGGGAAAGAUGUUGGUGUCUCUGGACCUUGCUGGUUGGUUGGAAAGGCAUUCGCAUCACGCCAGAGGUUGGCGAACAUCGUGGGUUGGUGAAGCGGUGGCCCAGUGUGGUGCUGCGAUGGCUGUGGCAGAAGUGACAGUGCCAGCAGACAGUCAAAAUCCUUGAUGUCACGAGGAACUGGUGCUGAAGGAACAGAAGUAGGAUUGGCUGACUGAAAGCAGUAGGAGGAUUGGCGUCAAUCUGUGUAUGCCAUGGCCGUUGAGGAAAGAGAAGGAAGGUUGUACCACUGACGCAAGGCUCGGCAAGAAUGUGCGGAUGCCGUUGACCGCAAAGGACCGAGGAGGAACGUUGCACCAACUUUCACAGAUAAUUAGGUGGAUGCCGAAAGCCAUUCGCUUACUCUGACAAUCAUCUUCGAUGUUUACUGCAUAAUUUUUUUUUGUCGAACAAAUCUAAGCAUUUCCUGGUUUUUAAAAAACAUGGUUGUAGCGGCAUUAGCUCGUAGUUUUGAUAUCUACAGCAUGGAUUUUUUUUUUUUUUAGUUUACAGAAUUGCCUUUUUAAGGGAUAUGACAGAAAAGUGCUAAAUCAGUUUAAACUAGUAGAGUACUCUUUAGAGUUUCAAUUGUGCUUUUUUUUUAGCAAGGAAAAGCUUGAAGGUGUUGCGUGGAAAAAGAAAGUCGGACAUAUUUGUUGAAUUUUGCACCCAGAUGGUGAUGCUGAAUAUGUAAGUGUGAUGUCACAAGUGUCAUUGUAUUCUUGUGUUUAUGGGACAAUUUUUUUAAAUGCUGGAGGAGUUUCACAAAGUUUCUAAGUUUAAGUCCUUACCUUCAUGUUGAGCUCAAAGUUAUCUUUAUCUAUAGACAAACACCUAAGCAGUCCUGAACAGAUGCUAUCAAAAUACGCAAUGUCAUGAGAAACUCUAUAUUGCAACGUUGAUGACAUCAGUGGAAUGUCGCAGGCUUUAUCGUAUAUUUGCAUACUCGGUCCACUUUUUUAUGUUAGUAAUGUUUCCAAAGACUUGCCCUGUUUCAUGUUCACUUGCUUUUGAAUUCAUGUUAUGUUUACAAUUGUAGACAAAGGUACAUCUAUCCCUGAGCAGCCAGUGUCAAAAUACUUGAUGCCACAGAGAACAAGUGCCGAAAUUUGAAGCCGUCAUUAGCCCCUAUUCUGCUUUCUGGUCUCUUAUUUGCAUAUCACGCAUUACAUCAGAGCAAGAGUGACCUGUUAGGUAUUCCAGGAACCAUACGUUUUUAAAUUACCUUUAAUUUUUCUAUUCUUUUCGCCCUUUUGCAUUUGCUCACACAAAGUCAUUCUCCCCAGUACAGUGGAAUCUCGAUACGAUUUUCAUGUGAACCGGAUAAUAAAACGUAUCAUCCGAAAAUCGUAUUAUCCAGAAUACAUUGCUCUUUAAGACAUUGGCCGGUAAACGAACAAAAAACGUAUUAUCCCGAAAAAUGUAUUAUGCAGAAUCGUAUCAACGAGAUUCCACUUUAUUGGCUAGUUAGUAAUACGGAUAAUAAAUGCAUAAGAAAAACGUUGCCUUACAGAAUAGGGCCUGAGGAUUGUAAACAACCAGUGUAGUAGGGACACCAAAGGAAAAUGUUCAGUUGCGUUAAAUCGAUAGAGUAAUUGCCUAGAAAUCUAUCAUAGUUUUCUGUAUGACAGUAUAUGACUUCGUUGCGUAAGUGCCGCUGAAGGUCCCACUACAGCUUCUUAAUUUGAACCGCCCGUGCCAAAACAGAUGAGCUGACGUGAUCCCCGUGUGACCUCCCUCUCCGCCACUCUUUGUGAAUCAGCCACUGCUGACGUUACGAUGUACCGUAGUCUACAACAGGUGGUGCAACUCUAAUCUUUCAUUUUCGUUGUUUCCUCAAUUACAAAAGCUCUGUUCUCGCUACGAAUAACCAAUUCGUUAUUACAGAUGCCCGAUCUUUUAAUUUACCUAGAUUAAAUUUUUUUUGCUGUCCCUUUAAUGGCUGUACCAUUUUGUAGCAUUUUAAUUAACAGCAGCUCCUCAUCUGUUGGUGCUGCUAAUUUUAUAUAUGCAUACUCUUGAAUGCGCAUUUACACAAUGAACACUCGCAUGAGGUUGUUGGCUGGUUCUCUUCUUGGUCCUGUCUAUGUGAUACAGCGUCAUUGAUGUAAUGCAUGCUUUUUGCUUGGCUGCUUUUCCUUUGCGUGCUAAUGGCCCUUCACUUGUUUUGCCUAUGCAUUAAUUUUUUUUACACCACCUGUAUUUGAAUUUACGCACCUCUAUAGUUUUACUCUGUUGGGAGAUUGUAGCCGAUACUGUUGAGAACAAUCAAGUGUUUAAACUAUAAGUGAAAAAUGUGCACAAGGUGCUUGCCGUGAAUGUCGCCUGCUUUAAGUGUAGUUGCUUGCUUUGAAGUUGAGUGUCUCACUAUACCUGGAGUAGCAGUUGAAUAUUUGACUUCAGAAUGCAAACUUUGUGUUCAGCUACAGUCAAGCCAUGUGGAUUUGAACUCUUACGAACACUCAAUUUUUGUCUGAAUUAUUUGAAGAGAUAAGGUGCGAAACGUAAUUGUGUCUUAUUGUAUGAAGGAAUGUGUGCAGAAUGUGAUUUUGUGCAGAUUAUGCGAGUCGGUGACAGGCCACUGCUGUCAUUAAUGGCAGAGAGGAGAGAGUUCUUCAGCAUAUUUGAUAUACUGGAGCCUCGAGCAUGUACCAAGCUCAGUGGUGCCAUCUUGUUGCACUGCCUGUCAAAAUAUGCAGCAACUUCAAUAUCGAAUGUGGGCAUGUUUUGACACCUAUUUAUAUCUUGGUAAUGUUCCUGUUCUGAGCUGUUAUUGGCUAUGUUGCUCUGCCUAGAGAAACCAGAAAGAUCGGAUUAGGCAACUUCAAAAUUAUAAGUGCAAACUUGGGGGGCGAGCCAGAAUUCUUAGAUUCAUUUACAUUAAUAAAAUUCUAAAUUAUCAUGAAUCGAGUGUACUUUAAAUAGCAUGUUUUGAAGGUGUUGAGGUUGCUUCCUAAGGAACUAAUCAGCAUCUGCUGCAGGUUUUUCUUGGUUUUGUUGGCAUAAACGUUGAGGAGUUUGUUGAAUGACUGUUGAGCAUGCGCCAAAGUGAAAACUGUGAGUAUGGGACAAUACUUUUGCUUUAGAGGGUCGCUUGUGUGAUACUCCUUUUUAUUAGCAAAGAAAUCUUGGUGUGUUAUUGUAUUUGUCGCCCGUGUGUUGUGCAAAUCAAGUCCCAAGUUUGUCAUGCAACUGUGUAUACUUUUAAGGUUCUUGUGCCUAGCUUUAUUUAUACUAAGUAUAUUCCUAUAGAGCGCAAUACAUUGAAUGUUAUUUCGCAGUGG